GAAUUGCAAAGCAUCGCCACCACCCACCAAAUUGUCUCGAUCGAUCGCACGAUCUAUUCUGUUUUCGUAGACUACCCUCUGCCAAUUUUCGAUUUGUACCCAUCUUGUCGCGGUCUCACGCGAGCUCGUGCAUUGCUGAAGCUGGUAGACUGAUUUGCGUUUCUUUUAGUUUCUUCGGUGCGAUUGUUUGUCACAUCUGGAUUAUUGAACUGGAGGCUCAGGAAAGGCUUUCUUGAAGUGAUCAUGGCGGAUAUGGGAGAGACUGGGCCAAAGAAUGCCCCAGAGAAUUAUCAGCGUGAAAUGCCAGUCUCCGAACAGUUGGGUCAAAUCAAAGAUGCUGCAGCCAACAAGGUUAGUGAGUUUGUUGACCAAGCGAACCUCAAUUUCAGCCAAGCAAAGAAUGAUCCUUCCAAUAAAGCAUCUGAUGAAGCUUUAAAGAAAGACGUGGACAAUACUGCUCAACAUGCUGCGAACAGUUACAACACUGCAGUUGAUCAAGUGGGCAAGGCUGUCCACACGAUCGAAGCAAAAGGGAAGCAAGCAGCAGAUCAGAUGGAUGGCCAAGGCAGUGCCGAAUCCCAACAGCCCACAUUGCUGCAGUCACUCGGCAACACGAUCUCACAGAGUGUUCAGUCUGUGAAGGGUGCUUUUGUAGCAACAAGGAACGAAGGCACUGCGGGUCCAACCACAACACACCAGUCAGAUGUGUCUCCUCAGUCUCGACCUAUUUCAGAAACCAUUGGCCAGACCGCAGCUUCCGUAACGGAUGCUGUGAAGAACACAUUUACUCCACAUGCGACGAAACCCGAAUCACAACCAGGAUUGGAGGGCCCGAACACUGAUAUGCCUCAAGAUGUUCUUCGCAGAGCUCCGAAAGAGUGAAUGCCUACAUCGUCGUGAAAUCAGUGUCCGUUUGACUUCAGUACAGUUUUUCACUUUUCUUCAUGCUUUUCAUUCUCAGUUUCUGCAUAGCAAAACUUUGACGUAGAGUCUAGCUCUAAGUGUUGUAUGGAUCAGCUUAUGCCGAGGAUAGUAAUUUUGAGUAGCAUAAAUUGUGGCAUGAUACAAUCGAGAGACUCUCCAAUAGAAGAUACUUCACAUAAUCACACCAUGAUUAGUCAUGACUUCAUGGUUCUUUUAAUUGCAUCAAUUUUUGUCUAACUACGAAUCUGAUGUUGAUAAGAUAGAGAUUGGCUCUUCA